AUGUACCAGUGUGGCCUCAGCUUCAUCUGCAUCGGGGUCUUUGUAGGCCUCCUGUUCACUAAGUUCUGGCUCUUGACUGUGCUAUACGCCUUCUGGUGGUUCCUGGACCGAGACAAGCCGCGGCAGGGGGGCAGGCCCAAAGAGUUCUUCAGGCGCUGGGUCAUAUGGAAGUACAUGAAGGACUAUUUCCCGGUCUCGACUGGCACACAGGCCCUGGUUUGGUUGCUGUCCCUGCAGCUGAUCAAGACUGCUGAGCUGGACCCCUCCGGGAACUACAUUGCCGGCUUCCACCCCCAUGGAGUCUUGGCGGUUGGAGCCUUCCUCAAUCUGUGCACUGAGAGCACAGGCUUCUCCUUGCUCUUCCCUGGCAUCCAACCCCAUCUGAUGAUGCUGAAUUUGUGGUUCCGUAUCCCCUUCCUCCGAGAUUGCAUCUUGAUCUCUGGAUUGGUCACCGCAGACAAGGAGAGUGCCGCUCACAUUCUGAACAAGAAGGGCAAUGGGAACCUGGCGGCCAUCGUCAUUGGGGGAACUAAAGAGAUACUGGAUGCCAGGCCUGGAUCUUACAGGCUGGUACUGCGGAAACGCAAGGGCUUCAUCAGACUUGCCUUGACCCACGGGGCAUCCCUGGUGCCAAUCUUCUCCUUCGGGGAAAAUGACCUAUUUCACCAGGUUCAGAACUUUUCUGGCUCCUGGUUGCGCCGUGUCCAGAAUCAGCUGCAGGAGAUCAUCGGCCUCUCCUUCCCACUUUUGUAUGGCCGUGGUAUCUUCCAGUCGAGCUUUGGUUUGAUGCCCUACCGUCAUCCUGUCACUACCAUAGUGGGGAAGCCCAUCAAGGUGCAGAAGACCCUGCAGCCUACAGAAGAGGAGGUGAACCGGUUACACCAGCACUACAUGGAGGAGCUGUGCAGCCUCUUUGAGGCCCACAAACUCAAGUUCAACAUUCCUGCUGAUCAACACUUGGAGUUCUGCUGAGUGCUUCCAGCCAGAGGAAGGAUUACCACAAGGUCAGGGCCAGCUGUUCAGUGCCCAGGAGGUGGAGCACAGACUUCUGCCAAUCCAACCACAUCUGUAGGCAUGAAGGAGAAGACCAGACUUUGCCAGCUCUGGUUUGCAGCCUUGCACCAAAGGGGACUGCAAGUUUCCCCCAGUGCAGUGUGAAAGGAUUGAGAAGGGAUGAUUUGUGAGACCUCCAUCCUCUGUUGUCAUGUCACUCCAAGAGUAUAAAAAGUAUAAAAGCAGAAGAAGAGAGCAAUGACGUUUUUCUUCUUCUACCUCUAAAUGAUAACACAAAGGAAACCACCAGCCAGUCCUUUCCCUUUCAUGGCCCCUUAUCAGCACCCUGAAUGGCCCUUCCUUCCCAGAGUGGAAAGUGAGGGAGAAACCAGUAAGUCCUGCACUCAUCCUGAACACCUUUGUGUUUCUGGGUCCUCUGAGCUCUGAAGGGGAUGUGACUUUAGUCAGUCUUCAUUCUCCUCACCUCAGUUUACCCAACUGACCUAGGUGAACUCAGAGUCUCACUUCUGACAUCACACAAGCCAAGGGCUCCAUGAGGGCACCUCUUACUCAUCUUUUGUGACUCCAACUCCAGAUCUGGGCCAGAUCUGGGCACAACUGGAAGGCUCUAUAAAUUAUAGCUCAAUGAAUGAAAGGAU